AUGAUGAAGCUCAAGUCGAACCAGACCCGCACCUAUGACGGCGACGGCUACAAGAAGCGGGCCGCGUGCCUGUGCUUCCGCAGCGAGAGCGAGGAGGAGGUGCUACUGGUGAGUAGCAGUCGCCAUCCAGACCGGUGGAUUGUCCCUGGAGGAGGCAUGGAGCCUGAGGAGGAGCCGGGCAUGGCAGCAGUCCGGGAAGUCUGUGAGGAGGCUGGAGUAAAAGGGACAUUGGGAAGAUUAGUUGGAAUUUUUGAGAACCAGGAGAGGAAGCACAGGACGUAUGUGUAUGUGCUCAUUGUCACGGAGGUGCUGGAAGACUGGGAGGACUCGGUUAACAUUGGAAGGAAGCGGGAGUGGUUUAAGGUGGAAGAGGCCAUCAAGGUGCUGCAGUACCACAAGCCUGUGCAGGCCUCGUAUCUUGAGACGUUGCGGCAAGGCUACUCCGCCAACAACGGCACCCCGGUCAUGGCCACCACAUGCGCGGUGUCUUCUUCGCAGAACUUCACGGGCAUCAGAUGA